CAGCCUACUGCUGCUGCCAUCCUUCCCAGCUUUCCUCGGUGGUUACCUUCUCUGGCACCUGGCCCACCUAGAGCGCGCCAGACUGAUGUGUGCUGCCAGUGGCGCCCCGGGGCUCAGCGCUGGGGACACCUACCUGACGGAGGACUGAGGCGGCCGGGCACGGAGCAAACAGCCGGAGCACGGCGGAGGAAAGGAGCGGUCACUGGACAAGCAGUGACCGGGAUUCUUCAGAGUUAUGAAGACAGUAUGGAUUUUCCAGAGCAUAGCAGACAUUUGCUACAGUGCUUGAGCGAGCAAAGAGAUCAGGGAUUUCUGUGCGAUUGCACUGUCCUUGUAGGAGAUGCCCAUUUUCGAGCACACAGGGCUGUAUUGGCUUCAUGCAGCAUGUAUUUCCACCUCUUUUACAAGGAUCAGCUAGACAAAAGAGACAUUGUUAAUCUGAACAGUGACAUUGUUACAGCUCCAGCCUUUGCUCUGCUGCUUGAAUUCAUGUAUGAAGGAAAACUCCAGUUUAAAGAUCUCCCAGUUGAAGAUGUACUAGCAGCUGCUAGCUAUCUCCACAUGUAUGACAUAGUAAAAGUCUGCAAAAAGAAACUGAAAGAAAAAGCUUCAACAGAGGCAGAUAGCACAAAAAAGGAAGAAGAUUAUUCAAGUUGUUCAGAUAAAGUAGAGAGCCUUUCAGAUGGUAGUAGCCAUAUGGCAGGUGAUCUAGUGAGUGAUGAUGAAGACGGUGAAGCUGAAAAAUUGAAUAUGCUGUCUGGUAAAAAUGACUUGACUGUGGAAUCUGAGAGUAUGUGGAUACGAAUGCCCUCUGAUUCAACAAGCGUCACACAGAAUAGUGCAGACACUGAAACACACACAACAGCUGGAAAAACAGUACCUAGUCCUUGCAGCUCAGCUAGCUCAUUAUCUAUGAGAUCUAACACUUCCUUAAGGAACAUAGCAGAUUCAGACUGUGUCUUGGACCUUUCUGUGAAAUCCAGUGUUUCAGGAACUGAUCCUUUAAGCAGCUCCUACCUUUCUUCACCAGAUACAAUGAGAAGCAGUCUAGUUCAAAUAAAAGUAGAAAAAGAAGUUUCUUGUGAUGAAAAUGAUAUAGAUACCAACGAGUAUGAUGUAGAGCACAGCACUGUGAAAGAAGGCGUAAACACUGAUGUAAGGACACAGUACGAGUCAGUUCACUUGGGUCCAGUAAGGGAAGAUGCUGUCUUAAGAGAGUUGGAUCACGAUGAAAAAGCAAGUGAUGAUGAGAUGAUGACUCCAGAGAAUGAGAGAGUUCCAAUGGAAGGUAACAUGGAAAACAGCCUGCUUCCAUUUGUUUCAAACAUACUUAAUCCUGGAGGACAAAUUUUCAUGUGUCCACUCUGCAAUAAGGUUUUCCCAAGUCCACAUAUUCUUCAAAUCCAUUUAAGCACACACUUCAGAGAACAAGAUGGCAUUCGUAAUAAGCCCACUAAUGAUGUCCACGUUCCCACUUGUUCACUGUGUGGUAAAACUUUUUCAUGUAUGUACACACUUAAACGUCAUGAAAGAACUCAUUCUGGAGAAAAGCCUUUCACUUGCACUCAGUGUGGAAAAAGUUUCCAGUACUCCCACAAUUUGAGCCGGCAUGCUGUAGUUCAUACAAGGGAAAAGCCACAUGCGUGUAAAUGGUGUGAGCGAAGGUUCACACAGUCUGGAGACCUAUAUAGACACAUCAGAAAAUUUCACUGUGAACUGGUGAACUCUCUAUCUGUUAAAAGUGAAGCACUAAGCUUGCCAGCGGUGAGAGACUGGACCUUAGAAGACAGUUCGCAAGAUCUUUGGAAGUAA